AUGCUUCGCUUGGGCUCUGCCAAGCCUGGGUCCUGGGCCAGCUUCUGGGCCAUCCUGACCUUGGUGGGGCUGGCCUCUCGAGCAGCUCAGAGAGCCGAUGUGGGCAGCGAGGCCACGGGCACCCCCAUCAACCACUCCCAGACGCUGCUCCAGCGCUUGCAGGAGCUGCUAAGGCAGGGCAACGCCAGCGACGUGGUUCUGCGGGUGCAGGCGGUGGGUACCGACGAGGUCCGCGUCUUCCACACGCACCGCCUGCUGCUCGGCCUGCACAGUGAGCUGUUCCGGGAGCUGCUGAGGAACCAGAGCGAGGUGGCGCUUCAGGAGCCCCGGGACUGUGCUGCCGUCUUCGACAAGUUCAUCAGGUACCUCUACUGCGGGGAGCUGACCGUGCUGUUGGCCCAGGCCAUCCCCCUGCACAGGCUGGCCACCAAGUACGGCGUGGCCUCCCUGCAGCGCGGCGUGGCCGACUACAUGCGCACGCACCUGGCGGGCGGCGCGGGCCCGGCGGUGGGCUGGUACCACUACGCGGUGAGCACCGGGGACGAAGCCCUGCGCCAGAGCUGCUUACAGUUCCUGGCCUGGAACCUGUCGGCCGUGGCAGCGAGCGCAGAGUGGGGCGCUGUGAGCCCCGAGCUGCUGGCGCAGCUCCUGCCGCGCUCGGACCUGGUGCUGCAGGACGAGCUGGAGCUGUUCCACGCGCUCGAGGCGUGGCUGGGCCGCACCCGGCCACCCCCCGCCGUGGCCGAGCGCGCGCUGCGAGCCAUCCGCUACCCCAUGAUCCCGCCCGCGCAGCUCUUCCAGCUUCAGGCGCGCUCGGCGGCCCUCGCGCGCCACGGCGAGGCGGUGGCCGACCUGCUGCUGCAGGCCUACCAGUUCCACGCCGCCUCGCCGCUGCACUUCGCCAAGUUCUUCGACGUCAACGGCAGCGCCUUCCUGCCCCGCAACUACCUCGCGCCCGCCUGGGGCGCCCCGUGGGUCAUCAACAACCCGGCCCGGGACGACCGCAGCACCAGCUUCCAGACGCAGCUGGGCCCGAGCGGCCACGACGCGGGCCGCCGGGUCACGUGGAACGUGCUCUUCUCGCCGCGCUGGCUGCCUGUCAGCCUGCGGCCCGUCUACGCGGACACCGCGGGCACCGCGCUGCCCGCCGCGCGCCCGGAGGACGGCCGGCCGCGCCUGGUGGUCACGCCGGCCACCAGCGGCGGCGACGCCGCGGGCGUGAGCUUCCAGAAGACCGUGCUGGUGGGGGCGCGCCAGCACGGCCGCCUGCUGGUCCGCCACGCCUACAGCUUCCACCAGAGCAGCGAGGAGGCGGGCGACUUCCUGGCGCACGCCGACCUGCAGCGGCGCAACUCCGAGUACCUGGUGGAGAACGCCCUGCACCUCCACCUCAUCGUCAAGCCGGUCUACCACACCCUCAUCCGGACCCCCAAGUAG